CACGGCUCGGCACAUCCAAACCCAAUUUUGCCGAGACAUCUUCUUUGGGGGGUGGAACCCAAAAUGUGGAUCACGAGACGAUGGGAGCCUUAUGGGGGGACCUUGUGCCUUUUUUGCUUUUGAGGACCAUGUGGAACACACUGAAGGGCGCCAUUCAGUGUGAGUGAAUGAGCCAAGCGAGCAAUCCAGUUUGUGGUUUAACGCUUGCGACUCAAUUCAUUCGUCACCACAUGGUUGUUGUUCUUUCCCUUCAUUUUAUACUUUCCCCCUUUUUUUUCUUCCUCUGUGGUUGUGUGGAUUUGAAAGAACUGACGUUGCCGUGAUACUUUGCAAAUUUCUAAUUUCUAGACGUGUGGAGUUUAGGAAUCGUGCUAAUCAACAUGCUCUAUCACCACAAUCUUUGGCAAGACCCUUGCCUCUCAGACCCUGCUUUCGAAGAGUAUCUCUCUAGACCUGUUCCUUUCCUUCUUCAACGUUGUCCAGGUAUGACGCGCCACGUUGCCGAAUUUCUCGCGAACAAAGUCUUUUGGGUCAGUCCUGGUGCGUUAGGAUUAGAGGAGCCGGGCGUAGACGGUCACAGUGGUGAUCGUGGUGGUCGAGUGAGCGCUGGUGAUUUGGGCGAGUGGGUCAAGGGGUUACCCGCUAUGUUCGGUGCUGGUCCUUUGGGUGCAGCCGUGGCCACUGCCGGUGAUUCGAUGCCUGCCCUCGAGAAGCCUCGUUCUUCGGAUCAUGUUCUUCGAGAUGCACAACACCAAUUCGACUAUGCGGAGGAAGAUGACGGUGGAGGCGAUGUUACUAUCCGUCCACGAGACGAUCAAGUUGAUGACGAGACUUUUGAUGCCGCAAGUGUUGCGGAAGAGGAGGAUGCGGGUGCUACGCAGCAACAAAUCUUCUUGCAACAGGACAUGGAGGCUGAGCCCGAGUUAGACUCGACGUCGUCGCAGCGUGUGUCGUCGGGUGUUAGGCAGCGGAGACGUGGCGCACGGAGGAACCGUGGGGCGUCAGUUACUCCAAGUACAGUCCCCUCAACUGUCUCUUCGCCUUUCUUGGCUCCUACGACCCUUCCGCCACCUUCAUCUUUUAUUCUGUCAACAUCCCCCCUCCAAAGCGCGUCUUCUCCGAGUGAGGAUCAGCUUGAGUAUCUCCGCAAUGAGGCACAAAUUCUCGCGAGAAGACUCUCGCGGAAGCAGCCUCCUCGGUCGCGUACUGUUGUCAAGGAAGGUGACAAACAGCAGCAACAGGUAUCCGUUGUCACAGCGCUUCCUGUGCCUAAUCCCACUCCUAUCACGACUCCUACUCCCCUUCCUAUUACUUCAUCAUUACCUCCUCUACCCGCGUCUGUGCCUAGUCCUCCCCACGACCCGUCCCAACAUUGCGGAAGAAAACUUCCAAAUGGAACGUCUUUGGCCGGAAGGAUACCCCCGCGAGCGCUUCGUCCCCAGCCCUCGCUAGCCCUCCUGUCAAUAAGAAGGGUGGCAAGAAGGAUCCGAGCGUUGAGGUUGUGGAAAACAUGAUUUUUGCGCUUGCUUCGCCUUCGUCGUCUACCUCGGUUGAUUCUUGGCGGGUAAGGAAUGCGUCGACUGAGGCUGUUGAGACCAUCGAUAAACCGUUGGGCAGCUUGUGGCGACAAAGACCCGAUGCUCGUCGAGGGCCCCUCUUCCAUGACGGCUCUGUCACAAUCCCCUAUAACUCCUCAAACUCCUCAGUUCAUCAUGGCCUCUACUUCCUCUUCUCCCCAUCACAACUCGAAUUACGCAUCUUCGAUCUAUUCCACCGCGGGAACAAGCAUGAAGAGUUCCGGCUCGAGUACGUUUACGAGGUUCAGCAAUGCAUCAGUGUCGACGUUUGCUACGACUGUCUCUGCUUCGUCUG